AUGAGACCAGAAUUCCGAGUGCUUGUUGUUGUUGUUGCAUCUGGUUUAUGUACGACGCGUUCUUCCGGAUUACUCCAACGUUUCGUGAAAUAUACGUGGAUCUUAUUCAAGUUAGACAGGUCUGAUAAACUUAUACCUCAUUCAGGUUUCGAGAGGAGACUGACGCUCAUCAUGCCAGGCUUCACAUUCGGUGCACCAAGUGCUACGAGUACGCCAUUGACUGGUGGAGCCACCACUGGUGCAACCGGCGGAACCUCAUUGUUCGGAUCAACUUCGGCUGCAAAACCGCUGUUCGGCACGACGGCAACUACUACAACCGCAUCUACGACACAACCAGCGACUUUAUUCGGUACACCAGCCACUGCUGCCGCUGCGAAAACUACUGGUGGUGGUCUUUUUGGCGCAGCCACUGCGGUAUCAUCAGCUCCAUCAAAAUUCGAAUAUUCAUGUGAAAACCUUCCGAAUACAAUCUAUGUUCAUUCAGCUGGUCUUUUUGGAGCGGCCGGAACAACUACUGCCACAACAGCGGCGCCAACAGCGACUGGAGGCCUAUUCGGUGGUGCCACGCAAUCGAAAGGUUUAUUUGGUACUACCACUACAUCCACUGCUCCCGCUACUUCAACCAGUGGUGGAUUGUUUGGUAAACCAACAACAGAUACUGUUAUCGCAGGUGGUUUAUUCGGUAGCGCUCCAGCCACAACUGCUCCACUUUCAUCAUCAACAAGCACGGGCGGGGGCUUGUUUGGCGCUGGUGCGACUGCAACUACUUCGAGCGUAUCAGCAGGAGGGGGUUUGGGUGGAUUGGGGGGUACGGCUCAAAUGUCGUCGUUGGGUGGAGGCACAGCUACUAGUACAGCAACCACGAGCGCUGUUGGUGGAUCCGGUGCUGCCGUUUCGACGAAUCCAAUGGACGGUGAAGUGCCAAAGCAAUUGCUAGAUCUGAUUAAUCAGCUGAAUUAUGAUGUGUGUGUGCGUGUAAUUGGAACGUAUUUGAGUUUGCAUCAAAUCCGUAGCUCUGAUUACGUUAAAGUCGUAGCUCUAAAAACAAGUAAUCUGACGAAUCUGACAACUCGAUCGUUUCUCUUUUCCACCCUCCUUCACGAAGUCGAUUUCAGUGAACGUUUGAAAAAGAAUCGCGAAUUAUCCGAUGAAUUCGUGAUGAAUAGCAAUGAUUCUUGUAUAACGAUGAACGAGAAGCUGGAUGAAGUUAAGAAAUUUUUGGUUAAAGAGACAUCUGAUUUGCGAAGAAUCCGGUGUAAAGCAAACGUGCUUGUCGAAAAAAUCGAACGAGACACACGAGCAGCCGAGCAAUCGCAACGACGCCAAAAGGAGAUGACAAAGGUGCCGCGACAUGGCUACAACCAUGCAAUGGACUACCUGCAGUCGACAUGCUCGGAUUAUGAGACCCUCAUUGCUGAAUUCAACGAAACGUUGUUGCGUAUCGAACACAUCAUAUCGACCAAACUCAAUCGUGAUCCAAAUAAACCUCAAUUAACGCAUUCUGAUCUAAUGGGACACUUGAAACGAUUUGAUCAAGUUUUCAAAGUUAUUGCCUCCGAAGUCUAUCGGUGCAAUCAACAAGUUCAAGACGCAAAGGAGGCACUGCUGGAAUAUCGACGAAGAACGAUGCCAUAUGCACCAAAUCCUUUCGAAAAGAAGCUCGAUACGGUUCAAAAUGCAAUUGCAUUAUCGAAAUAUGUUGGUGCAGAAGCGUUCCCAUCGCAAGUGACAAUGAUGAAAAUUGGCGAAUUAGCACGAGCCGCUACACACACUCAACCCACUGCAACGACGGGUUUCGGAACGGGUGGUUCGUUGUUCGGUGCGAAACCUUUGGGAAGUACGCCGUUCUCAUUCAGUACUCCAUCAACUGGAACCACCGCCACACCAUUAUUCAAGCCAUUUUCAACGCCGUCAACCUCAACUACAACACCGCUUUUUGGUAUGGUUUAUGAAUGUUAA